AUGAACACCUUCCUCGCGGAACCUUUCUUAAGAGGAGAACGGUUACUACUGAAAUCGGGCUGGUGGCUCCAAAACGAGACUCACCCCGAGGAGAUGAACAAAAUAAUCAAUGCUUAUGGAGAAGUUGUGGAAAACUUGAACCAACAUGUCAAUCCAAAUUCACCAUAUGAUAGCGCCGAAAAGCUACUAUCGCUGGUUACUUUAGGACUAUCCACAUAUGGGAGGGCGGCAUUGCACGAGCCUUUGAGCGAGGGUGCCAAGCGCAUCAUCCUCGCCUUACAAGAAUCCCAAGAGCCCCUUUUUAUUGCGGGGUGGGGGGAACAAAUACACUCGCUCAGGCACGCCGGCGAGUUAAGGUCGCGAAUCAGACUAUAUACGAUAUCAGACCAAGACGAUACGGGUCCUUGGAUCCGAGCUCAUUUUCUAGACAUAUUUUAUGUCGUAUCUAUUUAUGCAUGGAAUGCUUACCAUAGCGGCAAAAUGUGGGAUAUCCCUCGCUGGGUGUCCUUGUGUAAACUCAUCACUCUUGUACAAAACCCUUGGUUAGACGCCAAUAUCCGUCUUGGGCCCCUGGGUUCCCUAUACCCGCAAGUUGUAUUCGGCAUGGAAGGUGAUACUCCCAGUUUCCUGUUGCUAAUACAGAACGGCCUUGGUUACCGUGAUCGCAUCUACUGGGGUAGUUGGGGUGGAAGAUAUAGUCGGUCCCUAGCUCUAGUUGAUUGGGCGGGUGGGAUUGAUACAAACCAUUUUGUCGAUUCCUAUUCAACGCCACAAGCAUCUAUCUGGCGCUGGAGAACGGCUUACCAAGAUGAUUUUGCGGCUCGAAUGCAAUGGACUCUCACUUCGAACUUCUCAAAAGUUGGGCAUCCGCCCGUCUUAAAUAUCAAUGGCCAACAAGGCCCGGAUCCACUGAUCGUCCAAGUCAAGAGUAAUGAAACAUAUACGUUCGAUGCAGGACUGACGCUGGACCCGGACAACCCUACGGAUAAUAGCCAUUUAGAGUUCCAGUGGGUUUUGUAUCGGGAGUCUACAAUGUUCCAAGCAAAUGUUUCACUUAAGGCUCUCGAACCCCCAGUGGGAUCAAACGGAGUACUGGACAUUAAUGAUGCUGGUUUUACUAACGCGACACUCGGCAUCAAGGUCCAAGUUACUGUACCACAGCCCCUGAGGAAUAUUUAUACCGGAACAUCUCCUGGCUUCCACAUCAUACUUCACCAAUAG